AUGGGGCCAUCUAAUCUCGUCAGGGAAUCAGGACGUCAUCAGAUUAAUCGGAAACCCGGAAACUCCCCCACCCAACGACACAAGGACUGCCUCUUCGUCUGCUCGUAUAAUUGUCGGACUAUUGCAUCGGAUGCUGAUCUCCGAACACUUCUGCUGAGGAGUCGUCAGAUCAAGUACGAUGUUAUCGCUAUACAAGAAACGAAGGGCAGAACGGAAACCAUUAGGAAAACCGAUCACAACGAGCUGCUUAUUGUUGGAGCCAAGGUGGAUGGCAAGAAUGUCGGCGGAGUUGGAUUUCUCAUAAACCAGGCAGUGGUCCAUCUAGUAGACUCUCACAAAAUCAUCAGUCCACGCAUCGCUGUUCUACGCUUGCUGACCAAAGAUCAAGGAGCCAUAUCCAUUAUCAAUGGAUAUGCACCCACCUCCACCGCCACUGACGAAGAACGCGAAGAAUUUUACCAGCUUCUGGAAGAUACGAUUCAGAAUGAGAGAACUUACUACAAGUAUGUGGUUGGUGACUUCAAUGCCCUUAUAGGCACGAACCACAACGGCGAUUGGCGACUCGGGCCCCAUGGAACGAACAGUCGAAACGAGAACGGAGAAAGGCUGCUUGACUUGCUGUCUGCAUGUGGCCUUUAUCACGGAACCUCUAUGUUCGAGAAGCCAACUGGACGGCGAUGGACGUGGGGA